AUGUGCUUCUCAGCAGCCGUGCAAUGGUGGGAGGACUGGCAGCUGCGGCUGCUCGUCCUGGCCAGCCUCUUCUUCCAGUACUUCCUCUUCGCCGCCGCCGUCGUCCGCAAGCUCCGCAUCCCGCACUGGUUCAGGGCCCUCAUCUGGCUGGCCUACCACUACCAAGGCGGCGACGUCGUGGCGACCUACGCCCUGGCAACCCUCUUCAUCCGCCACAAGGAGGAGGCCCUGGCCACGAACCCGGCCAGCGCCCACCUGGAGACGCUGUGGGCGCCCAUCCUGCUGCUGCACCUCGGCGGCCAGGACAGCAUUACAGCCUACAGCAUAGAGGACAAUGAGAACUGGAGGCGGCACCUUCUGGUUUCGGUGUCUCAGUGGGUAAAUGAAGGUAUUUUAGAGUGCUGCUACUGGUGGUAUGGUACCAAUGCAAGAGGUGACAUGAUCCUACUGCGAGCAGCAAUCCUGCUCUUCGUCCCCGGGAUCCUCAAGUGCCUGGAGAAGCCAUGGGCUCUCAAGAACGCGACGGUGGCGAGCAUCAUGAACUCCUCCGAUUCACAGCUGGAAGAAGCAACCCUCGACGAAGACGACGCGCAGCAGAAGGAGAAGGACAUCAACUCGCAGGAGAAGUACGUGCAGGCCGCAGCCGAGACCGUCGCCAACCCGGUGACCCAGCCUGUGGAGGACGAUUUGGCCGACCAGCCGUACCACCUCUUCGUGGACCGCGGCCACCCCUACUCCAUCCGGCUCCGGAACCUGGGGCUCGUGGCGCCGCGCUCCGCGAGAGCCGAGUCAGCCGAUGUGCACGACCUGCUGCGCGCCGCCGUCACGCUGGUGACGCUCGUGGUCAUCAGGCUGUUCCAGAGGAGGCACCGUGGCGCGUACGACCGCGCCGACGUCGUCAUCACCUACGUCCAGCUCGGCUGCACCGCCGCGCUGGAGUUCGUCUCGGCGUGCCUGGUGCUGGCGUCGGGCCUGCCGCGGCCCGACGACAAGCUCGCCCAGUACAACCUCGUCGGCUACCUCGCCCGCAACGAGAAGCACCCGUGGUUCUGGGCGCUCCCCCGCCUGCUGGGAGCCAGGGUCCUCCUGGACAGGCUCUGCUGUACGGCACCGCCCCAGCCGUCCGUCGGCAUCACCAGGCUCGUCUACGACCACGUCGCCGGUGGGUGGAAGGACUACAUAUCAAAAUCUUUGUACAAGUGCGACGAUGCCGCCGGCGAACGCACUCCAACCGACGUGUGUGGAGCCUACCGGCGGUUCAACGACAGCCGCGGCCAGUGGACUCUGCAGAGGGAGGGAUGCCGCGACCGCGAUCGGAUUCGGAAGGCCAUCGAGGAGAGCCUGCGGAUGCCCUUCCACGAGAGCGUCCUGCUCUGGCACCUCGCCACGGAGUUCUGCUACUUCGACCACGUGGACACCGGCCACGACGCCAUCCGCCACAGCAGGAUGGUGUCCAACUACAUGGCGUACCUGCUGUUCGUCGAGCCGGAGAUGCUGAUCCCCGGUGUCAGGAGCUAG